CACAAACAUGGUGAGAAAAAAAAACAUAUAAUUUCUCAUUUUUUCUACAAACACACCAAAUUGUAAAUGAUUGACAUUCCGAGGGUGUAAAUUGAAUUUUUAGAAAAACGUAGGGUUACCAGGGUGCGACUCUAUCCCCAUAAAAGGUCCCCCAUGGUCUUUGCACGGCUACAAAAGCUAUCAACCGCCUUUUAACACCACCUAAAAUCUCAAUCCACAUUCCCUCUCUCCCCCCUAGAUUCAAUCAGAGAUCCCCAUUUCAAGCUUAUUCCCACCAUGGAUUACGAGUACAAGAGAAACCACGUUCCCGCGUUUGGAAGCUGGGAUUGCGAUAACGAUCUCCCGUUCACUCAGUGUUUUGAGUCGGCGAGGCAAGCUGGACUGCUUCGAUACAGCUAUUCGGAAGAUCGUGAUCUGUACGUCACCGGCGAUUUGUAUGACAACAAUGUCGUCACUCCGGCUAUGAUUGUUGUUCCUCGUCGCACUGGUAAAGCGGGAUACCCGCAUGUGAAAGAAGGGAAAAAAGACUCAUGGGUCGUCUGUGACUACGAAUACGACUACACUUACGACUGUGACGUAAAGGAGCCUCCUAGCCCCGUCAGCGUAGCAACACCACCACCACCAUCACCACCGCCACGACGGCGACAACAACCAAAGAAGCACGUUAAACCCAAAGCCGUAGACGAAGAUCUGUACAGAAUCUCGCCGGAGCUCCUCCGUGCCAAGCCCAGAAAGAAAAAAUGGGGAUUGUUUUCAAGCUGCAUGCAGCCAACUUGUGGUAUAUGAAGACAAAUUAAAGCUUUCAAGGUACAUACAUGUAUUCAAGACAAUGGAAGCAAGCGUAAUAUUAUAGGGUGGUAGAGUAGAGAUUUAGUGUAAAUUGGGCUUAAUAGUAGAGGCCCAAAACAGCCAUCACAUCUCUAUUAGCUCAUUAUUAUUGUGGCAAGAGGGUAAUGAUUGAUGAGAGGAUGAUGAUGAUAUUAAAGUUGCCUUGUUGGUUUUGUUAACAUCUUUUUGGGGAAUCUUUUUUAUAUGUUUUUGGAAUUUGAAGUGAUAUAAUUGUUGGUAAUAAUUGAUUGUUUUCAGACAAAAA